UAUUUUUAUUGGGUUUCAAGCGAUGGCAUUUCACCUAGCUAGUUUGAGGUAAGAAAUCUGCACUAAAGUUGGUAGUUCAGGGGAUCAUUAUUGAUUUGCACGGUGGACAAGUUUUGUUUUGAAUUUGCGAAGCGUUUUGUCCUUCUCCGGUCGCCAUGGUAACUAGACGCCACAUCAUGAAUACUGAAUUAUUGCAUUGUUUGAUUUAUGUUGGCGAAUCAAGAAUGCAAUCUCUACAGCACAAUUCUAUCGAAGAUUUUUUUAAAUUCGAUAUAGAAUUGAUUUUCUUGACGUAUUUUUGAGAAAAAAGAUAAAACGGAAUAGAAACCUUUUAAAGGAAUCUGGCAACGUCAACGCGGACGCUGUAGUCCAUUUUGACAUUUUCCUUCGCUCCAUUCAUUCGCUCUGUCUGUGCGCUUACUUCACAUAGUUUUGUUGUGUCAAAGUACUAUUUAUGUUUUUCAACUUUAAACAAAUCGUGUGAAUUCCUGGGAUACAACUGAAAAUGUCUCGGUCAGUUAGGGCAGAAACACGUAGCAGAGCUAAAGAUGACAUCAAACGAGUCAUGCAAGUCGUGGACAAAGUCCGGCAUUGGGAGAAGAAAUGGGUUACAAUCGGAGACACUACAAUGAAAAUUUUCAAAUGGGUUCCAGUUUCUCAAAUAGAAAUGGUGGUAAACAUUCACGAUAAUUGUUCUAGACUGUUUUUGGCUAACCAGGUGUGUAAUAUUCAACAGAAAAAGAAGGGAAAAGAUUCGAAAAUGAACAAAGAAAACGACACCUCCAAAAAAGAGACAUCUUUUAUCAGUUUCAGUGGAGAAGAUUCAAACACAAGUUUUUCCCUGACAAGUGAAUCUCAAGGUCCACUUGACUUUGCAUCCACACAGCUCAUGGCGUCAGAAGACUCCAAUUCUUUGUAUGAACCCGGAGUGAAGAGAUUAAAAAUGGAAUGACCAAGUAUGUCUUGAUUAAUUUUAUGCUAAAUGUCAAAAAUGUGUGCAAAAUUUCAUAAUGGAUACUCUUAAUAAAUAGUUUUUUAACAAA